UAAAAAUCAAGAUGGCGGCCAUUAUGUACUUCGCUGGGCUCGCCGUUCCAGAUUGGCGAUACGUUUAAUAUUCUCUAUAUCGUCUCGCGAUUUUACGAUGUCUACAUGGACAUUCUAGUUUCUGUCAUUCUAGUGUGUGCUCACUGACUGUGUGUUUUUGUCAAAUUCACAAUGGAGGGACUAAAACUCAGUCCCGCUGAACAGCAACUCUUCGCUGAAUGGUUCAACUCGUGUGAUGUCGAAAACACGGGUAAAGUUAUUCCAGCACGAGCGUACGAUUUAUUCAUUACUUCACAGCUUUCACGAGAAAUAUUGAACAAGAUUAGUGAAGCAUGUGGUGCCACUAGGACCGGUCAUUUUGGCCGAAGUCAAUUUUACAUAGCAUUAAAGUUAGUAGCAGCCGUACAGAGUGGCUUACCUCCAAGGCUGGACAGUUUGAACUCAGGAAUGAAAAUACCUUUGCCAAAGUUAAAACAUACACCGACAAAACAAGACCAAGUAACAGAUAGAAAGAGAACCCAGUUUAGCAGUCCCGGAUUUACUCAUACAAACGAUGAUUAUACAUUACUGGACAAACAAAGUGAAAGGCCUAAUCCUGUACAACAACCACAGGUUGCUUCUUUGCCGCCUCCUCCAAGCAAAGAAAACAUUCGAACUGGUCAAGUUGUAUUCACCAGACAAAGGAGUGGUAGUGCUGCUUCCUCCAGUAGUAACUCUAGUAAUUCCUCCUCUCCAGCAAGCUCACAACCAUCCUCCCCACCGGACUCACCCAUGCUACAUCAUAGUCUAGAAAAACAAAAAAGUUUACCAAUCAUGGGCAGGCAUAGCCAAGGAGUUCAAAAUGAAGCUUUUGAAGAAGGAAGUUUUAAAGAAAAAGGUUGGGCGUCGUUUGAGACUGACACUGAUGAACUUGUUCCCAGUGAACAAUAUGAAACUGUGGUGCAGCAACAGACUGCUGCAGGACCACCACAUCAUCAACAAGUGUCACCACAGAUGAUGCAACAGCAGUCCUCUUCUGUUGCUCCACAUCAACACCAUGACCCUACUACGGUGUCUCCUCUCAUGAUGCAGCAAACAGCAGCAGCACAGCAACAUCAACCUGGUGUAGUGUCACCACAUAUGCUGAUACAGCAACAGCAUGGACUUGGACAAACUGCAGCUGCGACUGUUGUCACUCAGCAACAGGCAGCAUUACUUCAACAGCAGCAACAAGUUGCAGCCAUGCAACAGCAACAGCAGCAACAGAAUAUGACUCCACAGCAACAAGCUUCCGCUGCAACAGCAUUAGCACAGCAGCAAGCAAUUCUGCAACAACUGCAGCUAGCAUUGGCGCAGCAACAGAUAUUUGUGGGAGUAGGACAGCAACAUAUUCAGUUAGUUGAGCAAGCUGUUAUGCAUCAACAAACGCAUGAACAUUGUAAUGAUGAUGUGUGGAAAGUUACUGAGGAGCAAAGAGAAUAUUACACAAACCAAUUUAAAGCAUUACAACCAGAUAUUACAGGACUCAUUCAAGGUGUGACAGCGAGGGAGUUUUUUCAGAAAUCAAAGUUGUCUUUACCAGAACUCUCUCACAUAUGGCAGUUAUCAGAUGUGAAUAAAGAUGGUGCUCUUUCACUUGAAGAAUUUAUUACAGCCAUGCAUUUAGUAGUAUUACGUAAACAUGAUAUUGAAUUACCAGAUAUACUGCCCUCAUGUCUAGUACCAAAUAUCGGACCAAGGACUGAAGCUGAUCCAUUUACUAGUGCUCCUUGUCCGACUACACCUUCAAACUCUCCGGCUACCAAGGCAUCACCUCCUGCACAGUGGGUAGAUCCGGAUCCACAACAGCCUCAACCACAGCCACAACAACCGCAGCUACAGCAGGGUGAGCAGUGGGCUACAUUUUCAGAUCACGGUUCCCCGCCUGCAUUGCCACCGUCCCCAUCAUCACAAUCACCGGCUAAUUUUGACUUUGCAUCCAUAUCACCUGAUCCUGAAGGGAGAAUAGUUCAACCAAUCCCAUUAAGAAUGUCACCAGAGGCUCAACAUUUAUCACAGGAGUAUGCUGACAAGGAAGCGGCUUUGAGACCACGCACAUUCUCAGAUCCUGGUACAGGUGGUAUGAUGUAUGAUAAUAACGGUCUUUCUGAAGAUAUCCCGGCUCCAUCACUGGUCAAACAGAGAUCGUAUACGGAUGUUGAUAGACCUGAUGCAGUCACAGAUCAACAAAAACCAGCUAAGCUUCCUCCACCACCACCACCAUCUAAAGACAAACGAGUCAUAGCUACAACGUCAGCAGGUACAACAGUCACUCUUCAACAUCAUCAGCUACUGCAAAAAGCUGUUCUAUCUCCGGCACAAAAACAUGCCCUUCCUCCGCCUCCCCAGCUUGUGCCUUCAUCAGUUGCAGCGCCUGGCAACCAGCCUAGUUCAAAGAAAGCUGCUCAUACCCAUAUUAUAUCGAGAUCCAGACCCAGCAUGGAGAAAAGAAAUAGAUCAUUCUCUGGUGCGGCUGUGUUACGCAGACAAGCUGUCUCAGUAGAUGUGCCACCCACAGAAACCACAGAUUUGCAGCACGACAUCCAGCCCAAGACAUCACCAGAAAUAACACCAGCAGUGGAGAAUGGAUAUGACAAGUCGUUGACUCAGAGGUUGGACCCCCCUCCUCCACCCCCUCGGAGGAAACUGAGACAUGUCCGGUCUUCAUCUCUUGAUCUUAGCAAAUUGUCAUUAGAAGGAGGGGAAGCGCUUCCUGUUGGCAGUUCUAGUCCAGAGAAGAUAUCCCCUGUGUUGUCAAGACCUACAAUACCACCUCGUACCUCAUCGGUUGGUAAAGGUCAGCUUAAGGCACAACUUAGUGAGCCAUCGAUGGCUAAUGAGGCCGAGUCAGGCAGUGGUGAUCAGCCUUCACAAGAUAAUUUUGCAGAUUUUAGUAAAUUUGAUAGAGUUACUGCAGAUUCACCCAAAGUAGAACACAAGCCUUCUCCAGAUAUGGCACAUAGAAGAGCUUUAUCAUUGGAUUAUAGGAAAAUUAAAUCGCUAGAAGACUAUACAAGACCAGCACCACCCCCACGACCUGUUGAACCCGCAAAAGGUACAGUUGAGGGCAGUAGUCCAGAGGUCAAAAGUCAAACUACCAAAAGAAAGGCACCAUCUCCACCAUCAGUUGAUAGAGGGCGACAUUUGUCUGGAGAUGAAUUGCAGUCUGACAAUAAAGAAGAUUUUAGCAAAGAAAGGAAACGACAUGCUUCUGCACCGCCAGUAUCUGUUACCCAAUUACUUUCUGGAAAACGAGACAAAAAGACGAUACAAGUUUCAAUUAGAAAUGCUAAAGAAAGGAAUAGAACGCUAUCAAGGGUUAACGGUGAACUUCAACAAGAACUCAAACAAGUGAUGGAAGAACGAGUAGCAUUAGAACUUCAACUGGAGCAUCUUAAACCUUUUAAUCAAUGAUUCUGAUCCAGUCAUGUGACCUGUUUCAAAGGUUCACACAUCCUAGUUCUUCUGACUAUGUGAUUCCUGCUUAGAAUUUUUUUCCAAUUGCAAUACAAAAUACUUCACUGAAAGAUAAUCUACCCAAAAAAUAAACCCAGGCUGUGUGACCUUUAUAAGGUCACAGAGAUGGAAUAUACAACUGAUGAUUGGCUUAUAACUGGUAAAACAUUUGUUGCCAUGACACCAGUCUUUGUUACUGUUAAAAAGUAAACAUACAAGAUAUGAUUUAGUGCAUGUUAAAUUAUGAUCAAUUAUGGAGCAUAAUGACUCAUAUUAAGCUCCCAAUAUUUUAUGCUUACUAUCUACAUUAACUCAUUGUACUGCAGUGUUCUUUUUGAAAUAUUGACUUUGCAUGAACUUCUAAUUAUAAGUAAUUUAUGCUUCCUGUGUUACGUAGAAAGCAAAUUGAUAAUACCAAACUUUUAAGUUCCAAUGAAGCAGCUGCAAACAGUAAAUUGAAAGCGUUCUAUCUAGGCAUAUUUUAGUUAAACAUUCAUGUUCAUCGUAGUAUAGGGCAUUAUUGUAAAACUACUUUAAUAUCUGCGAUACUAUUUUACAGAAUUACAUAUUUACAAUCAAUUAAGACUGUGCCAUUUGAUUUAUACAAUAGAUUUGUAAACUCACAUUGGGAGAAGGUGGUACUAUGGAAGCACACGGACUGUGAUUAAUUGUUGACAUUAACCCACCACAGCAUCAAAAUGGUUCAUUUCUACUGACAUUUAUAAUGGCAUUUCUUCUCCCAGUACAUGCAGUAAAAAUUAUCCAGGAUACUGGAUAUGUACAUAUAUAUUGCUAGUACAUGUAGAUGUCUUACUCCUGGGGACAAUGACAAUGGUAGAAUGCAAGCUAGUUAUGCAAAGCGUUUGAGUCCUCUGUUUUAUUGAAUAUUUUCCCCAUAUAUUGCCUUACUGUAGUAGUUAAUAGUUAUAUCUGUCAACCAAAGCUUAUUCCCAUCACAUCUUUAACUGGUCAAUGUAAACUUUUCCUUUCCUUUCAUACACUGAACAUGUAUGAAAUAUUGAUUAGCUAUUGGAAAUUAUAUUCAUCUGGUCCAAUGUUAACAAAUUAUAGAAAAAACACUUAAAAAAUACCAAAUGUUGCACCAAAGUAAAUGCAUAAACAACAGUAUUCUUGGAUGACAUCUACAUCCCAGAUACGUUGGCAUUCAUAUUGCAAUUCAUUGAGUCUGAACCAAAUAUUGACCCUGAAUCAAAUAUUGACCCUGAACCAAAUAUUGACCCUGAAUCAAAUAUUGACCCUGAAGUAUGAGGAAAUGCAUUUUGCAGUGCUUUGUAUAAAUUAUAUA